GUGCUCUGCUAGGCCUCUGCGAUGCCGCGGGCCCUCGCUGCCGCGAGCACGCGAAGGCGCACGGGCGCCUGCCACGAGCGGGGCGAGUGCAGUCGUCUGCCCACGUGCAGCGGCGGGCGCAGUUCCCACGCGCACGCGGACACGAGGGCGAGGCGCAUCUUUGGGGUGGCUCCCUCUAUGCCGCGUCCGAGCACGGGGCCGCGGGGCAGCGUGCGGGCGGCUAGGUGGCUGCCCCAGCAGCGGGUCGGGAAGCCCUCCCUGGACAUCUUCGUCGUCGAGACCCCGUCGCAGAAGCCCGAGGACCGGUACUAUAUAUCGAACGACGAGUUCCACUGCAACAAGAAAGUUUGCACGCAGGUCUGGAAGGCUGGCGAGCUGGCGAGCCUUCGGUCCGUGGCCUUCGGAGCCGGCAGCGUGUGGGUGCCGAUCGGUGCCUCCUCCUACCUAAGCCGCGUCUACGGCGAGGACUGGAGCGUCACCGUGCGCCCGCACCGCUGGGCCGCCGAGCUGGGCCACGGCUUCGG